AUGGCAGAAGUGAAGAACUACUCAACUGUGAUAGCUUUAUGGCUCGUAUGUUUAUUUAGUAUAAUUAAGUAUGCUGCAACAGCAGAUCCCGUCUUCGAUCCAUCGACAACGAUGAGAUUAGUAUUAGUACCAGCCGAUGCUGCAGUAGGAUCAGUGAUAUUUAGAUUGAGAGCAUCAGAUGAAGAAUUUGAUUAUCCAUUAACAUUUGAACUUGUUGGCGAUUCAUCGUCAUCAACAGUACAAAUUGACUCAUUACCAUGUACAAAAUAUAAUUCAGUAUGUCAAGCUAAUGUUGUACUGAGACGACGUCUCGAACCGGGACGAUAUUAUGACUUCCAAGUGUCUGUUAAAGACACGAAAGGUGGUAUGGCACAACAGAGUUGUUCCAUUACCGCAACGAACUUUACAACACCAACCGAUUUAAUCUUUCCGAAACGUACGAGCAUCAUAAUGGUGUCAGAGGAUGCAAAACGAGGCACCGAACUAGAUUAUAUAGUCUCAAGAAAGAAUCCGUUAUUUCCACGACCAGUGUAUUUAGAAUUAUGGGGAUCACCGCUCUUCGCCAUACGACAAAAAAUUGUCUCACCCGAAAUGACUGAAGGAACGAUUUUCCUUCUCGGACCAUUGGAUUUUGAGAAGCAAUCAAUGUAUCACCUGCAGCUUCUUGCCAUUGACGCAUAUGCAGAACCAGGACAAGACAGCCGUAACAUUGCAGGCAUUGAUAUUGUAGUGAUAGUAGAAGAUGUGCAAGAUGUUGCGCCGGUAUUCACAAUGGCGCCACCAGUUACACGUCUACCUUCAGGAUUGAUCCCAGGCGAUAAGAUUCUUCAAGUUCAUGCAGAAGAUGGCGAUAAAGGCGUUCCACGUGAAAUUCGAUACGGUCUAGUAUCAGAAGGAAAUCCAUUUACUUCCUUUUUUGACAUUAAUGAUACAACAGGUGAAAUCAGGCUCGUGAGGCCAUUAGACGAAAUAUCAGCAAUCACUCAUAUUGGUGAUCCAGUUCUGUUGACAGUUGUUGCAGAAGAAGUAAAAGUGGCACGAAAUGAACCACCAGCAAUGGCAACGACCGUACAACUUGCUCUAUUCCUACCCGAACGAAGUAAUUCACCGCCAUAUUUUGAGAACGAUCAUUACGUGACGAGAAUCGAUGAGAAUUCACCGGCUGGUACAACACUUGUCUUUCCUGAGCCAUACAUCACGCGAGUUAGUGAUGAUGAUGCUGGAAAAAAUGGAGUAUUCUCAUUGACAUUACUGAAUAAUAAUGGAACAUUCGAAAUAUUUCCCAACGUUGCAGAGCGUAAAGCUAAUUUCAUUAUUCGAGUUCGUGAUAAUAACAUGCUUAAUUUUGAGGAAUAUACGUCGUUGACAUUUCAGAUACUUGCGCAAGAACUUGGUCCAGCAACAAACCUUUCAGCGAUCGUCAACGUAACGGUUUUCAUUGUUGAUGUCAAUGACAAUCCACCAAACUUCGAACAAGCAGAAUAUCGUGUUGAACUACCCGAAAAUAUGACUGCUGGCACUCGUGUCGUUCAAGUGCAUGCAGAUGAUGUUGAUACUGGAAUGGGUGGACGUAUACGAUACACGCAAAUUCUUGGCUAUCUCAACACUUCACUCAAUUUGGAUGCCUCAAGUGGCAUUAUAACAGUCUCGACAAACAAUCAUGGAUUUGAUCGUGAAAAGAUGCCUGAAUAUCAUCUGUAUGUGGAGGCUCGUGACGAUGAUGGAAUUGGAAAUCGUGCUGAGGUACCGCUCAUCAUCCAAUUAAUUGAUGUCAAUGAUGAAACUCCGCAAUUUGAAAAGCCACUUUAUGAAUUUAUUUUGACAAGUGACUUGAGGAAUUUUACAAUACCAGCAUUCAUAAAAGCAAACGAUAAUGAUGCAGAGGAACCAAACAAUGUUGUACGAUAUGAACUAAUUCAUGGAAAUUAUGAAAAUAAAUUUUUGCUGAAUGAAGCGACCGGACAAUUGACAUUGCGUGAUGCAUUGACACAAAAGAAGCAAAAAUCAUCUGAAAAUCUUGACGUUAUUGUAUUGACUGCGCGCGCCUUUGAUUUGGGUGUUCCCGUCCGAUAUUCAACGACAACAAUAAGAGUUUAUCCACCUGAAAGUCGUACACGUGCGAUUGCAUUUCUUGUGCCUGGAUAUUCACAUGAUCGAGAGAAAUUGGAAGAGACAUUGUCAGAUUUGACAGGUGGAAAGGUUAUGAUUCAGGAUAUUAAGAGAUAUCCACAGAGUGGCAGUGGAAUCAUUAAAGCUGGUGAUGAGAAGAGCAUCGUUACAGCUCGAGUCGUUUAUGACAGCGAAUCAGUUGUUGAUGUAGCUGAGAUACAAAAGAGAUUAGUCCAAAAUGACGAUAGAGGAAUUAGCAUCCACGAAAAUGCUAAUGUCUACCAAGCUGAAAAUCGUGUCUACUUUUGGUUACUCAUCAUCCUCUCACUCCUCCUCGCUCUUGGCAUUUUGACACUUUUAUUGUGCUGUAUCUGCUCAUGGUGUCCACUUUAUGCUGCCUCAAGAAAGAGAUUUAGAGUGAAUAGUGAAGAUGAUGUAAAUCUUGUUCAUAGAGAACAACCAAUUGGAAAGCAAACAAAAUCUGUUCAGGUCGCCGAGUGGAUGGGACGAAGAGAAGCAUGGUCAGCGGAGAGGUCGACAGAUUCAAAGACGAAACCUACACGAUGGGAGUUUAGUAAGAGAGGAGGAUACGCUCACCAAAAAUUAAAUGGCAUCGAUAAUCCAGCAGCGAAUAUUGACGAUGAAAAUGCAAAUAAUAAUAAAAUUAAUAUUAAAGACGAGCAACGUGAAACUAUUAAUAUGAUAAACGAAACUGAGACGACAACCAAAGAAACUUCACAGAAAAAAUCGAUAAAAUUGGAUAAAAAUCACAUUUAUAAUGAAGACAUCGAGGACGACCAAGAUUACACGAGCAUUAAGCAUGUAAAUGUUAAAGAUAAUAAUACACUUAAUACACAAGCUAUAAUCGAUGAGGACUCAAUCCGACGACAUGAAAUGGAACGCGGUAGUGAUAUUGAAUAUGAACGACGAAUGAGCUUUAAGCGGCAAACAGCACAAGAAGAAGCAAAUAUCAGUGGACGUGAUCAAUUAUUUAUCAAAGAAGGAAAUGCUGAAAUUCUUCGUCUCAUAACGCGUGGUGGACAACAAGGAAGUACAGAAAAUUUAUACAUUAAUGUCCCACAGAGAGGAUGUAACCAGCAGCCACAAUAUGUAUUGGUCGAAAACAGUGGAAAGGAAAUACUCAUGAGAAGGUUUAUUGAGGAACAAGCAAAUGGCAAACAAAUCAUUCGUGAGCAUUAUCAAGUCAUUCCAAAUGCAACAUUCAUUCAAACACUACCGAAUGAAGUCCAAGAACCAGUACAGAUUGAAAAGCGUGAUAAUCAACAGCAACAAUCACAAAAGGAUAUAAAUCUAGUCGAAUCUGAUAUGCAACAUGCUGUAUCAAAUCAAUCACUUGUCAUUCAGCAGGAACUUGAGAAUUCAUUGAAGCAACAGAAUGCACUGCUACGACAAAUUUUAUUAGAAAAAGAGAAGCUAGAAGAGAAAUACAAGGAGCAUGAAAAUGCUCUUGAGACACAAAGUCUUCCAUGUCAUUCACUCACUGCAGCAGCACAGACACAAACAGACUGUGAAAUUGCUGUCCAGACAGAUCCAUGGACUGAGAUGAAUGGAUCUAAGUCAUCACUUACCAGAAGACGUACAAGAAGUGAGAAUGAUGAUUCAGCAUCUGAAGACGAUUUUGAGUAUGUCCGUUACAGUCCUCCAAAUAGCCCAAGUGGAAUUUACUGGAUUAAAAGGAGAAGACCAAGAAAGAAGAAUGGACAAAAGUGUAGUAAAGAUCAAGAUCAGAGAUUUGGAACUAGAAAAGUUGUGACUGUUGAGUCAGUCAAGAGAAAAAUCCGGACACCAAUUCAAGAAGAGACAGAAGACGGAAAAGUGAGAAGAACACCAAUUGAGCAUCGUGAAACUCGAGCAUCAAACCUUCGACGUCAAAAAAUAGCCAAUGAUCGUCACAGAAUGCUUCAAGAGAAACUCCUUCAUGACUUUCACGACUCACAAGAUGAAGGAGAAAUAAUUCCAAAUAUUCGUACAAAAUCACAGAAAAAUAUCAAAUAUUACAUUGAGGACUCAGACGGUUCCGAGAAUGAAGUAAUUCUUCAUAAAAAUUACUAUUCAGCCGACAGCCUUGACAACGACUAUGAGCUUGAAGAUCAAAUUAAUGAUGAUAAUAAGCGUCGUAUGACAGAAAGUGUACCACCAACGCCAGCCAUUCGUCAUACACGUCAUUCGCAUGAGAAAGAGUGUAAGACAAAACCAUAUAAAUCAUUUAAGAUUGAAUCAGAACCAGCACAAUCAAAAGCUGCCAUACAAAAGCAACAAAUACAACAGCAACAAGAGCCACCAAAACGUCUAUCAAUGGAACGACAAAAGACAUUCUCAAAGACAACUCAUGAUAUGCCAGAUACAAAAGGAGUGCCAAGAUAUAUGGAAUGGUAUGCAAAAGGUAAGGAAUGUGGAAAAGAGACAAAAGUUCCACCUGUAAAGGCAAAGAGAAAAAAUCUCUCAAAAUCAAAUGAGAAACUUGAUCUACGUCCCGAGCCACUGCCACGUAAUACGCCAUCAAAAGAAGCCGCACGUCUGUUAAAAGAGGAUCUCGAUAUGGCAAGGAAAGUCGAAUCGAGAAUUCAACUUCCAUCGGAGGCACUCAAUCAUCCGCUCCUUCAACAUUCCGAGCAUCGAUUUGAACAUGAUUAUCAACCCAAUGUCCCUCAACCACCUGUUAAACUUCCACAUUAUUUAUAUCCAAAUACACCGCCAACACUAAAUGGUGAUGGUCCAAAAGUUAGUAUCAAAUAUAAGCCGAAUUCAUCACCAAUAAAAGAAAAUGAAGUUUCAAAGACGACAACUACAAUAAAAAUACCAAUUGAACAAAAUGGAGGUUCUAAUCCUAAUAUUACUACAACAACCACAACCACAACGACAAUGAUGAAUGCGACAUUACAGCAAACGCAACAAAAUCAACAUGAAGAUGAUCAUGAUUCAGGAAUUGCAAUGAACUCAUUAUUACACGGAAAGAGAAAUAAGAUGGCAGAUAAGAAGAGUGUCUUCACGAUCGCAUAUGAUGAUGUGCAAAUUAAAAGAAUACAAAUGAGUGAAAGCGAUGAACCGCCAUUGUCGUAAAAUUAAUUAACUUUGCUUGCUUUUAAGUAACUGAUGAAAUUCCGUACCUAGUUUAAUUUUAGAUUGUCUUCCAUAAACUUUAUUUUUUUUCUUUAAGUUUGUGAUUUAUUAAAUAAGACAGGAAAAAUUUGUUUGUAUUAAAAUGCCAUAAAAAAUAUCUUAUUGAUGUAAAAAUUGACAACGAAAUAUUGGAGAAACCUAAUUAGAAUUGACACUGUGAUAUUUAAUCACAACUUAAUGAUUCUUCACACAAAUCGAUUCUCGACUGGUAAGUUGAAUUGAAUGAAAAGAGAACAAACGAAAAAUGAAAUAAUCUGAUUGGAACAGUUUGAAUUCGGAAUACAGCAGAGAUAUGUUUCCUUAAUAGCAAAGCAAGUUGUUGGAUGAUUAAGGUUCGAUCAAUAAUUUUUGAUUUGACUACUAAUUUUUAAAACAACUUUCCAUGCAACGAGAUAUUCUGUUCUAAUAGUUCAAUUAAAUAAUAUGAACAAAAUAUAAACAAAUGAAGCCUUUGAAGCUUCAAAUUUAAUUUUGAACCAUUGAAAAAAUAUUCUAAAUCUUGCUCUGCCUUUUAACACUAUUGCCAUUUUAAGGUAGCCUAGUAAUCAGAGACUUAGUAAGUUGGUUUGAAGCUAGUCUAUAUGAAUUCAGCCUAGCUAUAGAUUGCUUCAAACUAGCUUCUGAUUGCUAAGUAUAAUUUAAAUGAGAUGAAAUAAAAUUAUUGCGCUUUAAUAUGUUACUGUAGUCUAAAUAUGUCAUAAAAAUAGUGAGGAUGUCUUAUUACACCUCAAAUCCAAGAAAUCGAUCAUCCUGUGAAGUUUACAUGAAUCAAUCAUUUUUAGUAGAUUUUUCAAAUCUUUAUUGACAAAUCAAGAGUGAAACUACUGCCCAACAUUCAUAAAUAAGCUCUUGAUUAUUUUUAAAAUCAAAGUUUCGUAAUUGCUAAAGUAGUCCUUAAAGUUUUGUCCCAUUAAGAAAUUUCACGUACAUUAAAAAUGUUCCUUUGAAUAAGCAUACAAAAUUGUUGGUUGUUCAUAUUUUUUGAGAUAAAUCAGAAGGUGUUGAAUUUUUGGUGGGAAAUUAAUUUAGACAGGAAAAUUGGCACCAAAAAUUCAACAUCUUCUGAUUAACACUUAUUUUAGAUAAAUUUUUAAAAACUAAUCGCCUCAUGAAAAAAAAUGAGUAAAUUUGUCAUGUUGAAAUAUUCUAGUGAAUCUUUUUACUUCUAAUUGAUGUAGAAUUUUAACAUAUCUUAAGAUUGAGAUUAAUUCAAUUUGAAUUUUAUUAUUUUCGUCCUGUCCCAGUGUAUAUACAAUACUUAGAUUAUUAAUCUUUAUGAGAUGUCUAGGAUAAAUUUUUAAAAAUAAUUUAAUUCAUUUAAUGAAUUUUUAAAGCAAUAACAUAAAUUUUGUUUAAUUUCAAAUAUUGUACAUAGUAAAUAUUAAACCUAAGUACUUAAUGUCAUGAAAUUGAGAAACUUAAUUUCAAUUAAUGAUUAUUUGAAGAUGCGAUAUAUACAGUUAAAAUUAUAGCUUAAGAUAAAAAAAAUUAUCAUUGAUACAUGGAAAAUUAUAUUCUAUACAUAAAAAAAUAGAUAAAAACAAGUUUUAAAAAGUAUUAUAGUCUGUAAAUUCUUAAAAUAAAAAUGAAUAAAAUAUAAAAAC